AUGCGAGAAUUGAAGGAGAAGAUAGAAAGACUUGAAGAAGAAACAAGGAAAAUCAAAGAAACAAGGAGAUUCAACAACCUGCUCAUUGAAAAAGAAAGAGAGUUACAAAAAACCAAGGAGCGGUAUGAAGAACUUGUCCACUAUAUAGGAGAGAAAAAGAAGAUUCCCAUUUUCGAAGAUGAACCUUACUAUGUAAAGCCAUCAAAGAUAUUUCCAACAAUCUCUAGACAAUCCCUUAAACCAACUCCACUCUUCCCUCCAAAGGACUCUCCACCAAAACACAGGGAAUGGUUUAAAGAAAAGAGAAAAGAGAAAGAAUGCGAAGAAAAAGAAGCUUCUCCGAACUUACACCUGAACCUUCUCCUAAAAAGCAGAAAUCUCUUCGAUGAGAAGAUUUUCCAAGAUGCCCAGGACCCUUAUUCUCAAUACACAAUCCACCACAUCAGUUCAGAUGAUUCAAUACCUUCUUCUGAUGAAGAAUCAGUAGAAUCCUUUGAAGAAAACACUGAAACAGAAGAAGCAGAAGUGAAUCAUACUUUCAUGGCAAAUGAUACAGAUCAACCUUUUGCUGAAAGAACGAGACUACAUAAUCAAGAAGUCAACACUCCACAUCCAACCAACAACAUGUUAUUCACAAUUGAUAACAUUCCCCCAUCUCAAUGGAGGAAAAAGUUCCUAGACUUCAAAGCUUGGUUAGAUACUAAAAUGGUGAACCCGGGAGCGAGACAAAUACAAAGUUAUAGAAGAAUUUUGUGCGAGGCAUGA